AUGCUAUUAUCCCUUGAUUUGCACAAGGCUUCUGACUCCCUAUCAUGGAAAUAUAUUUUUAACGUUUUGCAACGCUAUGGUUUUGGACCACACUUUCUUAAAGUACUCCGUAUCUUACAUAGUGAACCAAUGGCUCGCCUGUCAGUCAAGGGAUAUAGUUCAGAAAACAUCACUAUCUGCAGGGGCGCCCAACAGGGAAGUGCCCUAUCUCCUAUUCUGUUUAUAUUAGCCCUUGAACCGCAAGCCAUUAAGCUUUGA